GGAAGCGCUUAACAGGAGCCAUUAGCAUCUUCGCAGUUCAACAGACUUUCCCAGUUACAGAGUUGCAUCUCUCUUUUCACCUGGGAUUGAGUCAAGGUCAUUUUAAAAAUGUAGAUUUUUUUUUUUUUCCUUGUCCUCAAACUGGGGAGCAGUGAUUUCCCAGCAUCGCGGAACCCUGCCCGUCCGUAAAAUUGGUCGACAGUCUGUUCCACCCUAGCUUUGAAAGCCUAAAGCCGAAAAUAUGCCCGUCUUACACAAGAUUUGAAAAAACGCAAAGCAGAUGCAGGCGACAAAGAUUGGUAUUCAGUUGAAAGAUCAAAGCAACCUGGGAAAAGAUAAGUAAUAAGAAUGAUGUUGAUGGUAUUUAAGUACAGUGGUGACCCAGUGGAGGGGAAAAUCGGUGUUAUUUCAGCACCGGUGUGUAGAGCGCCCUGCCAAGUGCUUGGGAGAGAACAACGGUGACGCCAGUCCCCACAGAGAUGACGAUCGCUUGAAGAUGGCGCUUUCCGGGAGCCGGGCCUUCGGGCGCGACUGACCGACGUGGCCCGGUCCCCCGGGCCGGGCCCAUCCGCCUCCACGGCCGCCGCCGGCGGCCUGAAGGGUCUUGUGGUCGCCCGGUGGCCUCGACCAGAGCCGUCCACCUCGUCCGGAGUGAGCGAGUGAGCCUCGCGCUGGACCUGCCCUCCCACCCGCCCUUUCCUGACCUCUGGCCUGGGACCGACGAACCUCAUGAGUAGCAAGCCCGGAGAUUUGGCGAGCGUCACCAGCGCGGGCCCGGAGGAGGACCUGCCCGAAGUGGAGCUGGUCAGCCUGCUGGAGGACCAGCUGCCCCAGUACACGCUGCGGGCCGACGCCCUCUGCCUCUACCAGCACCGGGACUGGAGCCGGGCCCCGCGGUCCGGGCCCGAUGGCCCCCCGGGCUCCCCGCCCCCCGCCGCCCCCAUCUCCCCGCUCCUGGCCCAAGAAACCUUCCGAUACAUGAUUCUCGGCACCGACCGGGUAGAGCAGAUGACCAAGACCUACAAUGACAUCGACAUGGUCACCCAUCUGCUGGCCGAGCGGGACCGGGACCUGGAGCUCGCGGCCCGAAUCGGACAGGCUCUCCUGAAGCGGAACCGCGGCCUGUCGGAGCAGAACGAGGCCCUGGAGGAGCAGCUGGCCCAAGCCUUUGAUCGGGUCAACCAGCUGCAGCAUGAGCUGUCCAAGAAGGAAGAGCUGCUCCGCCUCGUCUCCAUCGCCUCCGAAGAGAGCGACCUGGCCCCCAGCUGCUCCACACCCCUGCGCUUCCAUGAGUCCUUCAGCCUGUCCCGGGGCCUGCUCCAGCUCGACGUGCUCCAGGACAAGCUCAAGGACCUGGAAGAGGAGAAUCUGGCUCUUCGAUCCAAGGUUUGUCACAUAAAGACAGAAACGAUCACCUACGAAGAGAAGGAACAGCAGCUGGUCAGCGACUGCGUUAAAGAGCUCCGUGAAACGAACGCCCAGAUGUCCCGGAUGACGGACGAGUUGGCGGCGAAGAGCGACGAACUGAUCCGCUACCAGGAGGAGAUCUCGUCUCUCCUGUCCCAGAUCGUCGACCUCCAGCACAAAAUCAAAGAACAUGUGAUCGAAAAGGAGGAACUCAGACUUCACCUGCAAGCUUCUAAAGAUGCCCAGAGGCAGCUGACCAUGGAGCUCCAUGAGCUGCAGGACCGGAACGUGGAGUGCCUGGGAAUGCUGCACGAGUGCCGGGAAGAGGUGAAAGAGCUCCGCAGCCACUCUGGCCCCGCGGUCCACCUGCACUGCCCGCCGGCCUGCGGACCCUUUUCCGUGGAAUCUCUGGCAGCCGAGAUCGAGGGAACAAUGCGGAAAGAGCGGAGUUUGGAUGAAGACUCCCCUCUCUGCAAGCAGAAAGGCCAGCAGAAGCGAGUGUUUGAUACGGUGAAAGUCGCUAAUGACACCCUCGGGCGCUCGGCCUCGUUCCCCGCUCUGCAGCCCAUCCCGGGGUCGAACCGUUCCGGCGUCGUCAUGACCGCGAGGCCCUUCCAGUCCAGCCUGACGCACUCCGCCAGCCCCACCCAGCCGGGCCCCGGGAACAACUCGGGAGAGGAGGAGAUUCCCAAGGACGAGCGGAAGGGGGACCCGCCGGGGUCCGACGGCGACCUAGCUACGGCUCUGCACCGCCUCCGCCUGCGACGGCAGAACGACCUGAGCGAGAGGCGGUUCUUCGCCGAGGCCUGGGACCACCAGCUGCGGCACUUGGGGGACGGGGAGGAGGAGGAGGCGGGGGGCUCCCGCAGCCCCCCGCCCAGCUUCGCCUCCCCGGGCACCUUCCGGUGGGAGCUCACGGACCUGAGCGCCGGCUCCAGCUGCCUGCGGGCCUUUGUGCCCGAGAAGCUCCAGAUCGUCAAACCCCUGGAAGGCUCUCAGACUCUCCACCAGUGGCAGCAGCUGGCCCGGCCGAACCUGGCGACCAUCCUCGACGCCCGGCCCGGCGUCCUGACCAAAGGCUCCGCCCUCCCGCCCGAGAGAGCCCUCUACCGCCUGUCCGACCCGGAGGAGGACCACGAGGAGGCCGGGGGGAUAACGUUUCGGGUGCAGCCGUCUUUCCCGGGCGGGGAGGCUCCCGUGGGCAUCUUCCUCCCUCCUGGUACUUCGGGGGCGGCGACCACAGCGCCACUCACCGCCGUGAACCCCGGGAAGUGCCUGUCCUCCACGAACUCCACAUUCACUUUCACCACCUGUCGGAUCCUGCACCCUUCCGACGUCACUCAGGUCACUCCCAGCUCCGUGUGCGGGACGCCGAUGUCAGGAGGAGGCGGCGGCGGUCCGGCCGGCCCAGCCGCGGGUCCCCCGGCCGCGGCCUUCCAGCUGGGCGGGGGCCAGUCCCUCAGCCGCCGCGGAGAUUCCACGUCCACCUUUAGCAGCACCGUGAGCUUGGCCCAGCUCCUGCAAGAGCGGGGCAUCUCGGCCCGGGUGCGCCCCGGCCCCGCCUCCCCACGGCCCCCUCCCCUCCUCCUGCCCCCCGCCACCCCGCCCAAUUCCCCGUCCCGAUCUCCUUGCCCUUCGCCCGGGCCCUUCGAGCCCCGGGUGCCCCCCUGCGAGAACUUCCUGGCCUCGCGGCCGGCGGAGAGCUUCCUGCGGGAGCUGUACGGGCCGCGGCCCACCCGGACCGCCUCCGACGUCAGCCGCAGUAAGGGGCACCUGGUGGAAAGGCUGAAGAGACUGGGCAUCGCCCGGCCGGGGGCCGGCGGGGAGGGGCCGCCGGCCAAGGUCGGCUUGCCCAGGCCGGACUCUGCCGUCUUGUUGACCUCCGGGGGCAACCUCCUGGGCGGCCUGAGGAGGAACCAGAGCCUCCCGGUCCUACUGGGGGCGCUCGGGGCCCCGGCCUGCGCGCCCUCCCCCAAGAUGGACCCCCUGAAGGAGGACUGAGGGUCGGGCAGAUCUGGUCCCGCCGGCCGCCCGAGAACGGCUGGAGGACGGAUGGACGCUCGGACUCGGACGCGGAUUAGCCUGAGGGAGAGCCAGAGCUGCCGAGGGCUUGUGCGUGUGAAAGAAGGGGAGACGGAGAGCCGGGAGAGGAGCUCGAUGGGGCGAGGAGGGUGUGGAUACUGCGGCGGGGGGGGCGGACGGGAAGAGGCGAAGGAACGAAUGGAGCGUCAUGCUGGCUUUUUUACCGUUUCCUCGGUUCCACUGGAAACUGCAAGGUACAAGAAAGGCCAUCAGCCUCCUGGAGUGUUAAAGAGUACCGUCAAUCCCCCCGGGGCUAGUGGCCCCGUCCCGUCGCCACCCCUGUAGCGGGGAAGCCCCUCCCGGGCGGUGGGGCGGGAGGAAGGGCCCAGCCUCGAAUGGCUCUUAGAGCGGCUCUUGGGCAGCUAUGUGGUUAGAGGUGCGGUGCAGGCCGAAGGGAGGGAGACUGCUUUUCCCCUUCGAAUACUCGGAUGCACAAUCAGCUGGGAGCCGGGUGAGGUGGGGACAACCGAGACCCAAAAGGAUUAGACUCCUCUCCUGGCCCGCCCCCCGGUUCCGAAAAGAGCAGCAAGCGAGACCCAGACACGAUCGAGAUUCUCAUUUUGGAGACUUUUGGUUUUGACACGGAGCGAGUAAACCAGCGCUCGGUUCGGGGGCGGGGGGGCGUCCUCCUUCUGACGAAAGGGAGGAGGAAUCGGGCGGAGAAUUGGAGCCCCAGAAAUCCCCGGCCACAAUUGUGUCUUUAGUAGGUCAGUGCAAUGGCCAAGGGGCCCGGCACCAUUGGAGGUUCUCAAAAUCCCUGGAGGCCGCCUGGGGCCCCAAGAAGUGCAAUCCGUUGUCCGUUAUUUAAAACGGAAACAUUUAGUGGUGAUGAAAACUUGUUUUGUAAAGCGUGUUAGGCGUAUUUUUAUUGAACAGAGAUCUCUAUUUGCACAGAAACUCCUCAGGCCCAUUUAGCUGUGGUAACGGAAUAAAGGGCGGGGAGAUACAGCCACCCGCGUUAGGUUUGGGUUGGGAUUCUGCUGGAGAAGGAUGAGGCAUUCACACAAACACACACACAGAAUCACACACACGGCAGGUUGGGAGAAGCCGCGGGUGUCUGAGUCGUUUCCCUUCUCCCUCCCAUCUUGUGGGCGGGGGGGAGGUGUGUUCUUGGGAGGGGGCGGGGGGCAGCCCUCGGGGGAGGUCCGCCCGCUUCCAGGGUAUAAAAGGGCAGGGGGCCGGGGCCUAACCGAUGGCAACUGCCCCCUCUCUCUGAGCCUCCUGGGGGGGCACGUCCUGAUUCCUGGCUCCCAUCUGGGCCGCUUCAAUCCAGAGAGUUCAAAACCACUCCACAGCGAGGGAGGAGGAAGGGGCCGCUGUCUGGGAUGGCCGGCUCUCCUGCCGCGGGUUCUAAUGAGGUUAGCUGGCGGGCGACUCGCCUCUCUCCCUCCGCCUCUCUGUCUCUUCGUCUCGGGGCCAGACCUGCUCUGUGACCUGAACAGACAGAUGUUCCGGCGCCCGCUCUGGGCUGGGACGGUCAGCCGGGGAACCGGGCCCUCCCCGCGAUGGGGCCGGGCCAAGCCCACCGGGGAGAUUGAAGCUUCCGGGGUGAGGGGGACGGGCGGAUUGGCACGCGAGGCUUUUCGUAACCCUCGCCCUGCCCUCAGUAGGCAGAGGCUCUUAGGUCCGGCUCGUCUCACCAGCCUUGCCUCGGGUGCAGUUUUUAUACAGUUUCGCUGCCAAAACUUUUCUAAACACAGCAACCUCUCCGGUCCUCCCCCACAGUACCCUCGUGCUGCGGGGCCGAGGCCAGGGACGGGCAGGGAAUCCCAAGGCCCCUUCUUGGCCGGGGAGAACUCUAAUCAUCCCGUCGAAAUGACCAAAGGGAUGGAAGGCUUCCUGGAGGAAGCUGCGUCGGAUCUUGUAGGAUGUAAGCAACCGGGCAGGCUUUCAAAGUCUGGCGGAGUCGGGCACAGGAAAGGGGAUUUCUAGAAUGUUUCCCGACCGAUUGAAGGCCCGGAGUUUCUGAGAAACAGAGACACGGGAAGCCACGGAGGGAGGGAAGUCCUGAAGCUAGAGAAGAGCACAAAGAAUCAAACUAGUGACAAUUUUAUGUAAACUGUUGGUGAAAUAGAUUUUUGACACGUUCAGUAUUAAAUAAAUUGGAAUUGAAUAGC